AUGGAGGGAGGAAGUAAAUUUGUAGCAAAUAGCAUAUUCAAUCUAUAAGAAGAGUAGAAAGUUCAGUCAAAUCCCCUUGUACAGCGUAUUUUGACCAUCUCGAGUCAAGGUGCAGAGUUUCAUAAACUCACUUAAACUGGUUCAACACCAAGAGAAACCACUGUGGAACUUGACAAAGAUUUUCCUGUUUACAAGACUGCUAUUACAGGCAAGUUUGCGCCAUUUAAGGGUCAAUUUGCCGUGAUAGUUGACAGUAUGGGACUUCACUGGGUGGACACCUAAACAGGCAAGGAGAUAAGAUUUGUGGACUAAUACGCGGUGACAGCAAUAGAUUUUUCACCGAGGGACACCUAUUUGAUCACAAGCGAGAAAUACAAUGCUGGAAAGAAGAAUUUACUCGUUUGGAACACCUAAACUGGCAGAGAAGUAGCACAAUUCGAAUGGAAAAAGCAAUCAAAAGAAGGUCCAAAAAGCAUUAAGUUCUCAAAGGAUGAGAGAUUUUGUGCUAGAUUAUCCUCUAAGACAUCAAUAGAUUUUUACUAAGAUGGAGAUUUUUCCUAGCCAAAAGCUAUAAUUGUUGCUAACCAACAAACUUUAGGCAAAAAAACUGAUCCUAAUGACAAUCAAAAAGCUAAAAGCUUAUGGUUCGAUGGAGUUGAUUUUAUUCCUGUAUGCACUGAUAAAUCAGGAUAAUAAUAACUGCAUUAUAUGGUCGCUUGGUAAAACUCAGAAGGACUGACUGAGUCUAAUGAUCAAAGUGGAAAUGUUUAUUUCUUUGAUCUUAACUCAUCUAUCGAGAGACCUAAGUUUAAUGUUCAAUGCAGCAAGGCUUAAGAAAUCUAUCUCAGACCAUCACCAACUGGUGCAGCUAUCCUUAUUUGGUCAUAGAACUAUGUAGAUUCAUCAGGAAAGAGUUACUAUGGAGAGCACUGUCUUCAAUAUAUCCAACUUGUAGGAGGCAAAAGUAGAGUUUUUGUGCCAGUAUUUGACGGAAUGAUUCAUGAUGUUAAAUGGUCAGCUUUUGGAGAUUAUUUCAUCGUGAUUUCAGGCACAUAACCAGCUGUUGCAACACUAUAUGAUCAGGAUAGCAAUCCAUUGUUUGAAUUCGGAAAGAGAUACAGAAACACAAUUAGAAUUGAUCCUUUUUCAAAUGCAGCUAUCAUUGGAGGAUUUGGUAACUUGGCAGGCGAGAUCGAUGUCUGGAACCUUGAGAAGCACAUUGAGUUUGGAAAGACAAAGUCUUAUUGUGCAGUAGGUAUUGAUUGGGCUCCAAAUGGUUUAUAUUUCAUGACAGGAGUUCUGUAUGAAAGAGUAAAAGUAGAUAAUGAUGUAAAAAUCUUCUUAGCAAAUGGUCAAUUUCUUCACACAAUUGACUUUAACCACAGAGAACUGAAUGAAAUUCACUGGUAACCUUUCGAAAAAGGUAUCUUGCCAAAGCCUAACCUGAAUUCUCUUGGAAAAGCUUAAGAAGAAGUUAAAUAAUAGGCUUAACCAAAAAAAUGGUUCAGACCCCCUGGUGGAAAUAGUGUAUUUUCUCAAAUAAUGAGACAAGAAAUGUCUAAAACGAAUGAAAAAGGACCCAAGUAGGUGGACAAAACCGCAUACAAUGAUUUGAUGAAUGUUCAGGCUCAGCAACAUGCAACUAUAUUAGCCAAUAGUAAUUAAAACACCUAGAACCCCUCCUAAGAUCCCCCCAUCGCUUAAGAAGCUUGGCGCAAAAAUUUUGGCAGCAUUGUACAUGAACCCAAGUAAACUUCUCAGCCACUUGCAAAUGAGUAUCCUAUUGAAGAGUAGAAGUUGAGUAAACAUGCCAAAAGAAGAGCCAAGAAGAAGUAGAAGGUUGUAGUUUGCGAGGGGGAUCAACACUAGCAACUCAACGAUUAUUGA